AUGAAGAUGCUCUCGCUGGCACUGGCCGGACUUGCGGCUGUCGCUGCCGCGGCCGACGACAAGUUUCGCUUUGAACGCCUGGAAAAGAACAACUCUAUGCUCCUCAUUGUCGACCACCAAGUCGGUCUGUUCCAUACCGCCAGGGACUUUGACCCGAACCUGUUCCGCGACCAGAUCACGGCCCAUGCCGCCCUGGGCAAGGUGUUUGACAUUCCCGUCGUCAUGACCACGUCCACCCAAGUCGGACCCAACGGCCCUCUCCCCCGAGAAAUCUUGGAAAUGUACCCCGACGCGCCCCUCAUCCUGCGAGACGGCGAGGUCAAUGCCUGGGACAACGUAGAGUUCCGCAACACCAUUGAAAAGGCCAACAAGAAGCAAAUCAUCCUGGCCGGCGUCACCACCGACGUCUGCACGUCUUUCCUCGCCCUGUCGCUCCGCGAGGCCGGGUACUCGGUCUGGGCCAACGCCGAGGCCUCGGGAACCACGUCUGCUCUGGUCCGCGACAUCUCCAACGACCGCAUGACCCAGGCCGGCGUGCAUGUCGUCAGCCUCUUCUCCAUUGCGUGCGACCUCAUGCGGGACUGGAGAAACACCCCCGGCGCCAAGGAGAUGAUUCCCUUCUUUGACGAGUACUUCCCCGUCUGGGGCUACGUUGCCCGCGCCCACCAGGCUGCCGUUACCAACGGAACCGUCCUCCCCGGUGAGGAGAAGCUGAACGGUUGA